UUUUUCUCAUCUAUGUACUAUCUAUGUUUUGGCCGUUUUGGCAAUUUUGUUUUUAUACGGUUUUGGUCACGGUUGUUCAAGAUCAUGAAAUGAGAAAUGAGUGAUACGAGUGUUCCGUAUCGUUACUCCGCCGAAGAAUAAAUGUAAAUCUUGUAAAUUAGUUCAGGGACGCGUAUAAUAUUUUUAUAUUAUUCUAUCGUAGCCAGACAAAACUUUUUCUAUCAGUAUUGUCAAUUCGUUCAUCGUCAAUUGUUAUUACGUCGAGGUCACUAAUCACAAGGAAGAUGUCACAACCUGGACAAAGCAGUAGAGCUUUAUCACCGUUGAUGCAGUCUGACAAUAAGCAGCAAGAGAUGGAUCAAGUAAAAAAGGAACUUCGAAGAAGAGGUUGUGAAGAAGAUACCCUGGGCACAAAUUUCAAAGAAAUGAAAACGCUUCUUGAUACAUUGGUCAUGUCGGAACAGUUGUCUAAUAGUCCAACGAAGCAGAAUAUUCCAGAGAGCACAACUGUUGAACCUGUAUCGCCUAUUGGUUUCCAAUCUUAUGCGGGUAAACUGAAAAUGGACAAUGAAAGAAAAUCCAAGAGUCCAGAAUUAUCUCUUGACGAAUCAAACAAGAGUAUGUCACAAGAAAAACAAGCUGAUGCGGAUACUGAAUCAAUAUAUUCACCGCGCAACACAAAUCCCUUCCACAAGGACAUCAAAGAAAAUGUGUCCUCAAAUAUGAAUAAAAAUCGGCGCUCAAGAACCUUCGAUCAAAAUUCUGAGAACAAAAAUGACAGUAAACGGCAAAAUCAAAGAGGAAAACAACAAAUGCGACAAGAGGAAAAGAUGCCUAUACUGAAGAUCACUAAAUGCGAUUUUGAUUAUAACCAAGACGAUGAACGCCUGACACCACGCUAUCGAUUAUCCAAUAAGCAAGCAGGACAGGUUGGCGAUAGCAUCCGGUUAAUUGAAAACAAUAAAAUUAUUUUUGAUCGACUGCGCAAUCAUCUGCUGCAAACAGCAGAAUUAUGUCACAAUCAACGCUCAAAUUCUGUCGCAUUGAAUUUCCAAUGGGGCACUGCCAUAAAGGUCGGCGAAACUAACGGAAGUUUCGAAAGGAAAAUCGUCUCGGACGAAGAAAUUCCGGAAUUCAAUGAGAAUGCGAAUCAACCGGAAACGUCAACGAGUUACAGUCUCACGGAGGACACAACACGUAGACGAAAAAGAACUACUAAUAUGACCAAAAUUUACGAAUACAAUGAUGAUGUGGAAAGCGAGGAGGAAGAAGAAGAAAAAGACAACAGUGAUGAGGAUUUUCAGAUGCGCCCCAAACGACCAAAACCUGUGCGUUCUUUAAAUAAAAAUAAAGCGACGAGCUCGAAAGUCAUUUCAAAGAAAAAAGUUGAAUCGACUGCAACAAAAAACCCAGUCAUGAGUUUGUUCGAUGAAAGGAAAUCCGAAGAUCGAACUGUAUUCGUUGAUGUUUCGGAUGAAUGUGCGAUCACUGAUGACGAAGCGUCCAAUGAACCACCAAAAAAAGUUCAGAAGAGCAACUCCGAGGAAUCUGAGCUUAUUUUUCCACGAAGAGUCUCCCCACCGAAACUGCGUCCUAAAUGGGCUGGAAUUCGAGCAAGAAAGCCAUUAAAUGACUUCCCAAGUCAGUUGAGAACAGAAAAACAGGUUGGAACCGAUAGAAAAGAAGAAAGUAACGCGUCUCAGAUCAACAAAAGCAACUUGAGUCUGAAGGACGACGAAAUUUCUGCGGUAUUGAAAGAAAACAACGAAACCGAUGAAAGCGAUGGGAUAACUCCGCUCCCAAUGGACGACCCUGAUAUUAAACCUUUGAAAACGUCUACUCGUAUGAGAAUGAUUAGCCAGCGUCUCAUCAAGAAUCAAGAAGAAGAUAAACAGAAGGAAAUGUUGCGUCUGGAACAUGAGCGAAUAAAAAAAGAAUCGAUGGAGCGCGAUAAAGUUAGACUCGUACAACAACGAAUUCGCGAAAGCAAUGAGCAGCAAAAGAAACAGGAAACCGAGAAGAGAAGGCAAGCCCAACGAGAAGAAAACUGGCGAAAUAUGAUGGCUCAAAGUACUAAGAAACAGUUUUCCGAGAGAACAGAUCUUUACCCGGACGGUCGAUCACAAAUGGAGGAAAUCCUAAAUCCUGCACAAGAAAAUAAAUUAAAUACGGAGCAAAACGACAAUGAACACUUUGAGACUGGUAACGCUCAAGAAAGCAAUGCGAAACGAGUGUCAUGUCCAAUUUGCAACAGAAGAUUUGAAGUUGAUGAAAUCGAGGCUCACGCAGGAGCUUGCGAAGAAUUCGAUUCCUGCCCGCCUGGUAUGAGCAGAUCAAGUUCACCUUCCCUCACACCACCAAGAAUAACCAGAGCUUCUCAACCGAGUAAAUCUUCAAACUUUGAAUGUGAAAUUUGCAACAAUUUCAGCACCGAAAACGGCAACGAGUUUGAAAACCAUUCUUCUCAGUGUCUCCGAAACCAAAAAUACGGGCAGCUCUUUGUCCCGGAUACUGUUGUUGAAAUACCAACUUCACCGUUGCGAACAGUCCGAACAAUCAGUCAACUAACAGAUUCGGAAAUCGACUACAAAAAUCAAUUCCAACCGAGAACUAGAAAUGUCACAAAAAGGAAAAGGCGGUUGAUCAAAGUUAGAGAAUUUGAAGGAUUCGUGCCUGGAGGAAUUUAUACGGAUCUCAUGAAUGCGAAUUUAGUACCAGAUACUUUCAAAGGAACAAACGAUGUGAAGAACCGAUGGAUUAGCAACCGGUCUGUAACUUAUACCAGAAAAUUUGAAGUUGACGAAACGAGCAUAAGAGUUUCGAGGAUUCUCCUGAAAUUUGAUGGUUUGGAUACAUUCGCAACGAUUUAUCUCAACGAACAUGAAAUUGGAAAAACUUCUAAUAUGUUUUUGCGACAUGUUUUCGACGUCAAGAGUUAUCUCCAGAUAGGAACCAAUUACUUGAACGUGACUUUCGACUCGGCCGUCAAAGUGGCCAGCAAUCUUUAUAACAAACAAUUAGCUUCGUACAAAGUACCACCAGAAUGUGUGCCUGAACAAUAUAAUGGAGAGUGUCAUGUAAACCACAUAAGAAAAAUGCAAGCGAGCUUUAGCUGGGAUUGGGGACCGGCUGUACCAUCGAUGGGAAUCUGGAAGAACGUUGAACUUUUGCCUUUUGACGAUGCUACCAUUAUCGAGACUGCUAUCGAUGUAUCGGACGAAGAAAAUUACUGGGACGUCAACGUUACUUGUCUCCUCGGUAUUAAUCCGAAAGCAUCCUCAUUGCUGACCUUGGGCUUAUCGCUGGAAAUGAACAAGGCUUAUGACUUGGAGGCAUCGAAGGAAAUAUCACCGAGUUCCGAUUCGGAUUAUCGCAGUGUUUCUCUCGUCUUACCGGUCCCAAAAGAUCAAGUGGAACUUUGGUGGCCAAACGGCUACGGUAAUCAGACUCUCUACACCUUGAAAAUCGAAUUGGGAACACCGAGUGGUUACGAGGUCCUGAGGAAACGCAUAGGCUUCAGAAAAAUCGAGCUUGUUCAAGAAAAUCUGGAUCAAGGUCGAACGUUUUACUUCAAAGUAAACUACAUGCCAAUUUUCGCUAAAGGAAGUAAUUGGAUUCCAGCGAGUAUUUAUCCCGAAUUGUCUUCGAAGAAUGAUGUUGUGAGACAUUUGUUGAGUUCAGCGAGGGACGUCGAUAUGAACAUGCUGAGAGUUUGGGGCGGUGGAUAUUACGAGUCCGAUUUUUUUUACGACCUCGCUGACGAGUACGGAAUAAUGAUUUGGCAAGAUUUCAUGUUCGCUUGUGCGAUGUAUCCGACGAAUGCUGAAUUUUUGGACUCUGUGAGAGAAGAAGUUCGACAAAAUGUACUACGACUGAAACACCAUCCGAGCAUUGUUAUCUGGGCUGGAAACAACGAGAAUGAGGCUGCAAUAUUCGGCAAUUGGUACGGAACUGGAAAGGCUCCGAUUUACAAAAAAGAUUAUGUCAAACUUUACGUAAACGUGAUUAAAGAAGAAGUGGAAAAACUCGAUCCCCGCAGACCGUUCGUCGUCUCCAGUCCGAGCGACGGCUCCUGGACAGAUGACAACGGUUUUAUCGGACCUGAUCCCUACUCCAAUCUUUAUGGCGAUGUUCAUUACUACAACUACUUACGCAACGGUUGGAACAUAAAUCAGUACCCGAUACCGAGAUUCGCAUCGGAAUAUGGAUUUCAAUCGAUACCGGCAAUCGAGACUCUCGAAACCGUGACUGUUGGGAUGGACGAUUUGACAUACGGUUCAGACUUUCUUCAGCACCGUCAGCAUUUACCGGCUGGCUGGUUUUUCAUGAAAUCGAUGAUUGCGAAAAAUUUGAAAAUACCUGAAACCAACGACCCUCAUCGAGACUUCCGAGACUUCAUAUACCUCAGUCAAAUAAAUCAAGCCGUUUCGACGAAAAUUGAAACCGAAUCUUAUCGUCAAAUGCGCAGUAGCUUAAACGAAUUGGGAGAAGGUUACACAAUGGGAGCUUUAUAUUGGCAAUUGAACGAUGUUUGGCAAGCUCCAUCAUGGUCGUCUAUAGAUUUCGGAGGAAAUUGGAAAAUGCUUCACUACUAUGCCAAGGAUUUUUUCGCCCCAAUAAUUAUUUCGCCGCGUCUCUCGUAUGCAAAAGAUUUAACGAUUUAUAUCGUGUCCGACAGAUUGCUCACCGUUACUGGUUGUUCGUUGGAUUUGAAUAUUCACCAUUAUAAUUCAUCUGUGCCAGUCUACACGAUGAAUUUCAUGGAUGUUGAAAUAGCUGCGAAUAGUGCACAAGCUUUCAGAACGUUUUGGCUCACGGAGUUGCUGAAAUCAGCAUCCUGCGGUGUUGCUGAAGAAGCGACUAACAAUUGCUUCGUCGAGCUCGUUCUCUGGGACGAAAAAGGACGAUUGAUCGCACCGAGAAAUUACGUUUUUCCUGGUGUAUUGAAAAACGUCAAUUUAUCCAAUACAACUGUCAGAAUGGGCACGACUAUCGCAUCCAUACCCGGCAAGUUAUCCAACUAUUUGGAUUACGAAUUCGAGGUCGAAUCUGAAGGUGUAGCACUUUUUGUUUGGCUUCAGCUGCCCAGGAUGCAGGGUCGAUUCUCUGAAAAUGGAUUUCAUCUGAUGAACGAAAAGAAAAAAAUUAUAUUCCAUGCAAGCGAGGCUAUUACGUCCGACGAUUUAAUCAACGAAAUAGAAAUCAUGAGUCUUUCACAAAUAUAUAACCCAAAUCGUUAAUCUCUCAAUUAAAUUCUCAAAUUAAUAAAAACAACAAAAAACUGCGUUGAAUCGUA